UUGGUUUAUUAUGGUUGGUUUGCAAGUUUACAUGAAAACGGAAGGACAUUAGAAGAUUAUUCUUAGAUAAACAUUGAGAGCGAGUUAGGUAAUUACACUUUCAGAUAACGCUGGGUAAAGAUCCGUUGCAUGUAAGCAAUCUGUUCAAAUAAAACCUGAAAGGAUUGGACGUUGCAAAUAUUAAAAUCCAACUAUGUACGUAAUUAUCUGACACAUAAAUAAAAGAGGCCUCGUUAGUUUUAAUUCAAUCUUGGUAGUAAAACUCCAAACUAAAGGACGCCUCAUACGAUAUUGGUUUGAUUUCAAGUAAGAAAUUAACGAGUAAAACUUGGUAAGAAACUUUUUUUUAAACGGACCUUCAUAUUCUUAGCGACAAAAUUGUUUUAACAGAAAAAGGAUCGAAAACCCGCAUAGCCGUAUGGAUAAAGGAUACAGCUCCUCUAAAAAGAAGAGGCAAAGGCAAAUUAUUAAUUGAAAAACAAAAAUGGAAAUAAUUAAACAUUUGGACGAAGGAGAGAGAGCCGCACAAAUUGCUGUUUCCUUAGGAUUGAAGGCAUGUGCUAUCAGACAAAUAAAAAGGAAUGCGAAAAAAUUUGCGAGCAUAUGAAGGCAGGCAUUUUUUCACCAGGAAGUACCAUAAUAACAAAACACUGACCCUUUGUAUUAAAGAAGAUGGAAAGAUUGUUGUAUGCCUGAAUUCUCGACAUGAACCAGAAAAGUAUACCAAUUUCAACUGCAGUCAUCCAAAAAUGGUAUUCAAUACCAUCAGAAGUGAAAACGAAGCUUUCCAAUUUAAUGCAAGUCGAGGAUGGUUCGGCAAGUUCAAAUCGAGAUUUGGUCAGCAAAAUUUAAAAUUAACUGAGCUAGUGCUAGUGCUGAUUAUGAAUUAGCGAAAAAUUUUCCCAACAUGCUUAAAAGUAUUAUUGGUAAAGGCGGUUACAGCCCGAGACAAGUUUUUAAUGUCGAUGAGAUAGGACCUUACUGGAAGCGUUUACCACCACAUACAUUUAUUUCCAAGGAAGAAGCUACAACACCAGGCUUCAAAGUCUCCAAAGACAGGCUUACACUUGUUUUGGGCGGAAAUGCCGCUGCGAUUUCAAACUGAAGCCUCUCCUAGUUGACCAUUCGGAAAAUCCAAGGGCCUUAGGUCAUUUGAAGACAUAAUAAAAAGACUUUGGUUACUUCGACGUUAUUCACUGAAUGGUUUAGAAAUGAAUUUUGCCAAGGAGUCAAAGAAUACUGUAGGGAGAAGUUUCUGUCAUUAGUCGAUAAUCCUCCUGGAAUCCUGAAACUCUCAACCAAAGCGAUGAAAAUGUGAAAGUGGUCUUCCUACCGCCAAAUACCAAUUCUCUGUUGCAACCCAUGGACCAAGGUGUAAUUGCUACCUUUAAAGCAUACUAUCUGCGUCGAAUUUUCAGGCAGUUGGUGGAACGUUUAGACGAUAUAAUAGCAUUGGAUAUCGAAGCUUCUUGGAAAGAGGCAACUAGUGGCACAAUGAACAAAUCCUGGCGUAAAAUCUGGUCAAAAGCGGUUGAGCCUCUUUCUGGCAUUGAUAUCGACAGCGAUUCAGAAAUCAACAGAGAAAUUCUUGAGAUUGCGGAAACUAUAGGCUUUGACGUAAUCGAUGAAAAGGAUAUAUUUGACAUAAUUAAUACUCCUGAAGUGCCACUUUCCAACGAAGAAUUGUUGAAUAUUGUAAAAGAUGACAUAGAAUUGGUACAACAAAAUUUAGACGAGUGGAAAAAAGUUUCCAACCAAAAAAAUUUACAAAUUCUUGGAAGACAUUGAGAAUGCGUUGGAGAUUUGGAGGAUGAUCGAGACAAUGAAAGAAGGCAGGCGUCCUUUUCAAUAUGAAAAAGUGUUGAAUGUUGUCGGCAAUUGUACAAAUCGCGAAAGCUUAAAGCAAGUCAGACAACUUUAACUAAAUUUUUCAAACCGUCAACAUCUGGGGCAGCUUCUCAACUGCAAACCUCAGCAGGAAUGCAUCGUGAUUUGUCAUCAAGUGAUGAGGAGUGCCUCAUAAAUAUUCAUGUUGAUAUACAAGUGUACUUCCAUAAUAUUUUCUAAUUAAUCCUCUUUAUUUUUGUACUUCAUAAGCAAGAAGCGACAAUUAACGAAGAAUUCUACUCUUCUUUACCCUAUGCAUACGAGCAUGUAUUUCUUACGCUUCGACUUACCACGUUUUCGGCUUAUAACGCACUUCCAUGGAACCAAUUAACGUGAUAAGUCGAGGUAUGCCUGCAUAUAUCAGAUUGCAAACUUAAAGCUUUAAAAACUAAAUUUUCUGGUGUGAGUAUAAUAAUUUGGUCGCAUUGUAUUUCCAUCGUUACAAAUCGACUUUAUAAUUAGAACUACCCUUUCAGUUACCAAAAUCUAUUUAUGGAUAUAAAAGGAACCUUUUGACCAGUAAGCGUGCUCCAAAAUGUGUUAAUCCUUCACAGAAGGUAAAAAUUUCACAAAGCGCUUAGCUGCUACCUUAAUUUAAGAAUAUUUUCUAAAAAACUAAACGCUUAUAUCUUCAUAUUUGGAUGAUCCUGCGGUUUUAUAUGGAUCGCGGCAAUCGUUAAAAUUUCGAUG